GGCGGCAGGCGCAAGAGACGGAGUCCCUUUGGGCCCCCCUCAGGCAGCCGCCAUGGAUUCCCGGCCGCUGUUCCAGACCCUGCAUGCGCUGGCAGAGGACAACGCUGCCUUCUUCCGGGAGCAGACCACGGAGACGGGCCAGCGCUUCGUGGCAGCCUUCACGGCCAUCCGGGAGCAUGCCCAGUGCCUGGAGCCGAUCCUCGGACACUUUGCCACCGUCUACCACAUCUUCGACCUGGAUGAGCACACACCGGCCAACGGCUACCGCAGCCUGGCCCAGACAGUGCGCUGCUGCCUGGCCCACAUCAUCCACAAGAGCCGCUACGUGGCCACCAACCGUGGCAGCAUCUUCUUCCGCAACAAGCACAACUGCGCCGAGCUGGAGGCUUACUGCACCGCCUUGACCCAGCUGCGGGCCCUGGUCUACCUGGCCCAGCGCCUGCUGACCCACAACCGCCCCGGCUGCCUCUUCAGCCAUGAGGAACAGGGGCUCUCGGAGGAGUUCCUGCGGGAGUACGUCACCAUGCACAAGGGGUGUUUCUACGGACGCUGCAUGGGCUUCCAGUACGCCCCCUCCAUCCGGCCCUUCCUGCAGACCAUUGCCAUCGGCCUCGUCUCCUUCGGGGAGAACUACAAGCGGCACCAGUCUGGCAUCAGUGUGGCGGCCGGCUCGCUCUUUACCAGCGGCAAGUUUGCCAUCGACCCUGAGCUGCGAGGAACGGAGUUCGAGCGCAUCACACAAAACCUGGACGUGCACUUCUGGAAAACCUUCUGGAACCUCACCGAGACGGAGCUGCUGGCUUCCCUGGCCAGCAUGGCCUCCUCCCAGGUCCGGGUCUCCCGGGCACUGUCGGUGCCGCCCGACUCCUUCGAGCUGCCGCUUGCUGCUGACCCCAAACUGACCGUUGUCAUCACGCCUCCGGUGGCCCACAGCGGACCCGGAGCUGUCCAGAUGAGGCUGAUCUCCUAUGAGCUGCGCGAGGGGCAGGACAGCGAGGAGUUGGCCAGCCUGGUGCGUCCGGAAGGGCCUCUCGCCCUGGAGCUGCGUUGGAAGACCAAGCCGCUGCCCCGCUCGCCCUUCCUGGUGGUGCAUUUCCAUGGCGGCGGCUUCGUGGCCCAGACCUCCAAGUCGCACGAGCCCUACCUGAAAGCCUGGGCCCAGGAGCUGGACGCCCCCAUCCUCUCCAUUGACUACUCUCUGGCGCCCGAGGCACCCUUCCCACGGGCCUUGGAGGAGUGUUUCUACGCCUACUGCUGGGCCCUCAAGAACUGCCACCUUCUAGGCUCUAUGGCAGAGAGGGUGUGUCUGGCGGGAGACAGCGCCGGCGGGAACCUGUGCUUCACCGUCUCCAUGCGAGCGGCCUCCUUCGGGAUCAAAAUGCCGGACGGGAUCAUGGCGGCCUAUCCGGCCACCCUUAUGCAAGUCUCGGCCUCCCCCUCCCGCCUCCUGACCUUGCUCGACCCUCUCCUGCCUCUCAGUGUCUUGUGCAAGUGCCUCAGCGCCUACGCAGGGCUGGAUCCCGAGCAGUCAGAAGACCCCACCCUGGAGAAGCUGAGCCCUAUGAACAUGAUGCGGCGAGACACCUCCCUUCUCUUCCGGGACUUGCGCCUGAGCGCGUCUACCUUUCUCAGCUCCCUGCUGGAGAAUACAGGCAAGGCCGACGGAACGGGCGGAGCAGAUGCGUCUAUGAGGAAGAGUGUUUCGGAGGCGGCCCUGCAAUCCAAGCUGACUCCCAACUCUAGAGAGUCCCACAAGAGCCAGACAUGCCACAAUCUCUCGAGCAUCGAGGACUCCUCCCCACUGGACGAGAGCUGCCCCCCUAGCCCCUCGGGGCACCCUCCGACUGGCUUCUUUCUGAACGAGGGCAAGCAGGAGGACGCGGCCUACAGCAACGCCUAUGGGCCAGCCUUCCCAGACGGCUUUGAGCCCCUGCGCUCCGACCAGCCUGCCCCCCGCCUGCAUCUGGAGCUGUCGCCCAUCUUCCGGAACCCCUUCAUGUCGCCUCUCCUGGCUCCAGAUGCCAUGCUGAAGGGUCUGCCGCCGGUCCAUAUAGUGGCUUGUGCCCUGGACCCCAUGUUGGAUGAUUCAGUCAUGUUUGCCCGGCGGCUGCGGGCCUUGGGACAGCCAGUGACCCUGCGGGUGGUGCAGGACCUGCCCCACGGCUUCCUCAGCCUGUCGCAGCUGAGCCGUGAGACCCGCCAGGCCUCUGCCGUCUGCACAGAGCUCAUCCACAACAUCCUGCACCCCCCGGAAGAGGCACCACAGCCGGCCCCCGCUGCCGCCCCCGCCUCCCUCCGCAAGCAUCGCAAACUGGAACGGACCUCCCAUGCCGGGGCUGCUGCUUACACAGUGGCCCAAGAUAACAGCACCCAAACUGGACAGGAGGGGCAGAGCGGGACCCUCCGAGGGGGUGGAGGACCCACGAUCAAGGUGGCUCCCGGUGCCCAGGAGCACCUGGCCGGGAGCAGCUCUGCAGCAGGCCAGCUGAGUGGGGCCAGGCCCCCCUCCAAUCCUGACGUCACUUCCAGCCAAGAUACCAGCUCUUCGGGAAGCACGGUGGGGCGGGGAGUGGGUGCCUGA